GAGACAUGGUUUCGUAAGACCCGCACGCUUUAUUUUUUUUUUAAAAGACAGAAGAUACAAUUUCAAUAACGUUCUAAAACUGUCGAAAGAUACUUAUUUUUACAAGUGAAACAAAGUGAAACCCUGAACAAAUUCUCCCCGGUGCAAUCAAAGGGAAGAAGAAAGAGUUAAGAACAAGUGACAUCCAAACAUAAGACUGCCCCAAAAAAAAAAUAUCCAUCUACAUAAAUCUUUAAGUUAGUUCAAUUCCCACCCACAAACAAAACAUCCAAACAAUGUUUAUCGGUAUCAUGAGGAUUACAAAGCGUCGAUCAUAAUUGACACUUGAACCGCUUUUUGGAUUGGAUUGGAUUUAUUGCGUAAUGGAUUUAAAUUUAGCCGCCACACCAACAGCAUCCACAACAACAGCAACAGACACCCUAUCCACAAGCAGCUUCACACUCAGCUCCAGCAUCACGGAACGGAUAUGCAAUUAAACAAUGAAAAUGAUCAAGUAAAACUAUCAGGAUAAGCAGCCACACCACACACACACACAGACACACAACCACUAGACCAUCUACUAUAAAUCCUUACAAAAAGGAGAGCAACAAUUUUAGCUGUAGUCAAAAUGCAUGGACAUCAUCACAAUCAUCAGCAGCAGCAGCAGCAACAGCAGCAACAGCAGCAGCAGCAACAGCAGCAGCAGGGACAGCAGCAGCAGCAGCAGCACCAACCACAGACAGGAGCAGGAGCUGUCAACAAUAUGAAGGCAGCGUCACAUCAUCAUCCUCAUGUCCAUCCUCAUCCACAUCCACACCCACAUCCCCAUCCGCACCACAAACUGUCGUCGCGAAGGACUGCGCGCAGUCGCAGUCGUAGUCGCAGUCCAACGCCCGAUGGCAGCCAGGACUACGAUGUGACGCGUAUGCGGGAGGAGGACUUUGAGCGUCUGGCCGUCUACCUAGUGCCGGAUGUGCAGGCGGAGCGAGGACUGCCCAAUCGGGCGGACAAGACGCUGCCGCGGAGUCUGACACUCAAGUCAUCGAUGGUCUACUCAACGCCAAAUGUUAAGACUGAAGGAGUUUGGAGCAGUGGGGUCAUACCACGCGGCACACGCUUUGGCCCCUUCGAAGGCAUUCCAACCUCAAACUAUCCCAAUGAUAAGAAUAAGGCGCGAUAUUUUUGGAGGGUGCAGGGAACACGCCACAUAACCUAUGGGAUUAUUAAGAUCUUCAAGGACGACGACUACUACUAUCUGGAUGGGUCGGAUCGUUCGCAGUCCAAUUGGAUGCGCUAUGUGGCCUCUGCGUACAGUUUGUCCGUGAUGAAUCUGGUCGCGUGCCAGCAUCAGGAGAACAUCUACUUCUACACCACCCGCGACAUCCUGCCGAACGAGGAGCUGAUGGUCUGGUACUGCAAGGACUUCGCCAGUCGCCUCGGCUACGAUGUGGACCCGGAGAGGACCAUUUUUGGGGCCUGCAAGCAGGCCAGCGUCGAGGAGGAUCUCGAGGAGGAUGUGGAGGAGGAACUCGAGGACCAGGACCAGGACCAGGACCACGAUGAGAUGCCGCCGCACAAGAAACCGCACUACUCCAUGCCCGCACCCGAAAUACCCGCCGAGGUGGCCGUCAGCCACAUCACCUAUGUGAUGGGUCUCCAUCUGCCGGCGGCGCCAGGACCCCAGGGAGCCACCUCCGCGCAGGAAGCCCUGCCGCCUGCCCCACCGCCAACUGGUUCCGGCUCCGGUGCCUGCUGUCGUCGCGCCAGUCCCCCCGCCCACGUGUCCACCACAUCCUGUGGCGGCGCCCACCAUCCGCACAUCAUUCAACACGGACGACAUGCCUCCGUGAUCAUUGGCCAGGACCGUUCACCGCUGGCCAGCAGCAGCGACAAGGACACCGCCGGCUCGCCUCUGUCUGGCCUGGACCACCAGCUGACGCCUCAGGAUGGCAGCGUGCGAUCGGUGCGUUCGGAUGAGGGCUACCACAGCAACGAGUGCCACGAGGAUGGCCUCACGCCACCAGAGGACUCCAGCGACAGCGAGAGUGAGCACAACUACGUCCUCGACUGCUCCAAGAAGGCCAUUGCCCCCAAGGAGACGGUGAUUGCCCAGGCCCAGAAGCCACAGAGCACCUCCCCGCCUACUGUGGGCGUCACCGCGAGCAUCAUCCACAGUCCCCAGGCCAUGGCUGGCAUGGCUGCCACGCCCAUGUCCUGCGAGACGGACAAGAACGAGUACAGGAAGUUCAAGGUGAAGAUGCCGCUGAAGUACGAGUUCAAGAACAAGAGCUGCGUCAAACAGGAGCCCAUCCACAAGGAUGUGGACGAGCAGAUGUCGCAUGCCCUGCCCCAUGGCGUGGACGAGGAGGAGGAGCUGCACGCCCACCUGCACGCCAACGUGGCCCACUCGGAGGACUCGGCCUGUCCCCCGAGCACCACCACCCAUCUGGGGGAUGAGCAUUUGUUGCAUUUGGAGAGGGAGCGCGAGAGGGAGAGGGAACGGGAACGGGAACGGGAACGGGAUAGAGAGCAAUCGAAUCAGCAGCCCGCCUCCUCCACGGUCAUUGUCCUCGAGCACAACUCUGACGGACAGACCCGCACCAUUGUGCCCCUGAGCAAGCCCUACUACGAGGCAGAUCCCCCGGGCGAGCGGUAUGUGCGCUUUGGACAGCCCUCCUCCAGCAUCCUCGAGACGAUCUUGACGAGCCAGCACCGCCUGGAGGCGGCUGCCGCAGCGGCCAAUGCCUGCCGCCAGGCGAACGCUGCCACACCGCCCCCCACGUCGCCCACUGAGAUGGCGUACAGCUACAAGAAGUCGCAGCGAUACGGAAACGCAGUGAGUCCGGACUCCAGCUCCAACCUGGGGCAGCCACAGGAGCAGCUGUCAGCCGCUGGAGUGGGUGUGGCAGAGCAGGAGCUAGUGACGCGGGGUGCCCUCAUCAAGGGGGAGUGCUCGCCGCCGCCGCCGUCGCACCAUCACCACAACGUGAUCUUCUCGCCCUCGCGACACGUCUCCUACAUGGGUCAGGGCGAGGGCGGAGGUCACGGAGGCCACUCGCCGAGUCCCAGCUAUCCGGGGUACCCGCACCAUUACGGGAGUGCGGCCACCUCCACCUUCCACUCGCCGCCACACAGCUCCCAUUCGCCCUUCGACCGCCAGUCGAAUGCCUCGAGCGGCGGAGGAUCCGCCUCGAAUCUGCAUCUCCUGCAGAGCAGCACCCAGAUGCUGAACCACCCGCUGAUGCAGCCACUGACACCGCUGCAGCGCCUCUCCCCGCUGCGCAUCUCCCCGCCCAGCAGCCUCAGUCCCGACGGCAACUCCUGUCCCCGGAGCGGCUCCCCCCUGAGUCCCAAUUCCCUGGCCUCGCGCGGCUACCGCUCGCUGCCGUAUCCCCUGAAGAAGAAGGACGGCAAGAUGCACUACGAGUGCAACGUGUGCUGCAAGACCUUCGGCCAGCUGAGCAACCUGAAGGUGCACCUGCGCACCCACUCGGGGGAGCGGCCGUUCAAGUGCAACGUCUGCACGAAGAGCUUCACGCAGCUGGCGCACCUGCAGAAGCACCAUCUGGUGCACACGGGCGAGAAGCCGCACCAGUGCGACAUCUGCAAGAAGCGCUUCUCGAGCACCUCCAACCUGAAGACCCAUCUCCGGCUCCACAGCGGCCAGAAGCCCUACGCCUGCGAUCUCUGUCCGCAGAAGUUCACGCAAUUCGUGCAUCUGAAGCUGCACAAGCGGCUGCACACCAACGAUCGGCCGUACGUGUGCCAGGGCUGUGACAAGAAGUACAUCAGUGCCUCGGGGCUGCGCACCCACUGGAAGACCACCAGCUGCAAGCCAAACAAUCUGGAGGAAGAGCUGGCCAUGGCAGCGGCGGCCACAUCAGAGUGUUUGGACAAGGAUCAUCCCGAGCCGGACAGCCGUGAGGCGUACGAGCAGCUGCAGCAGCAUAUGGUCCAUCCCAGUCUGAGGCACUCCCCACCGCGUCUUAUUCCUUUGGGGAAUCACAUGCAGGGACCCGGACAGCAUCAGCAGCAGCCACCACCGCCGCACAUGAUGCUGGGGCCUGCCCCAAUGCUAUUGACCACGGCCAGCCAGCUGCCACCACCGCCACCCCAUCAUCUGCAGCAACAGCAGGCGCAGCAGGGGCAGCAGCAGCCCUCCCCCAACCAACGUCCGACGCCCCCACACCUGCAUCAGCAUCCGCAUCCGCACUCGCAUCCACAUCCGCAUCAGCAGCAGCAGCAGCACUCGCCUCAGGCAGGCAGCCUGAAGGGACUGAAGCCGCUGCCGGACAACGGAGGAGUCUACAUGCAUGCGCCCCAUGUGCAGGCCCAGGAGAACCGCCCCUCGGUCAUAGAGUCCUCCAAUCAGCCCAUGAUCAUUGAGUGCACGUAGGGGGGAGAGUCCCCACCCCCCAAGGGAGCAGAGGAGAAGUGAUGGAAUCCAAGUGCAAUAAAAUCAAAUUUUUUUUUUGUUUUUUUUUAGAAGCUAUUUAUUUGGUUUCUAUGUAGAAUCAAAUAGAGUUAAGUUAAGUCCCCACAUCUAACAGAAACAAAAAAAAAAACAAAAACAGAAAAAACAGAACAGAACAGAACAGAACAGAAGAACAUGAGAACAUAAAGCGACAGAGCAGCACAAUGUAAACGUAAUGGUAUUAUUAUAUAAGUUGUAUAUACUAUAUAUAGAUGAUCCUCCCUUUGCCCCUCCCACCUUUCCCGCCCUGAAAAUUGGAAAUUGAAAACUCAUUUCGCGCUAUGAAAACCAGAUCUCACCAAUUGGCAUAAAAAGAAAAAAGAAAAAACAUCGUGUAGUCUCGUCCUUCCCCAUGAAUUCUUCUCCUCUCAGAGAACUAAAGGCAUAUUAUUUUUGAUAAAUAUUUUAUAUACAUAAAAAGAACACACACACACACAAACACAAUAUAUAUACAUACAUUCAAUUGGAUUGUUAAUCGAGAGAAUAAAUGGAACUAAAGAAAGAUCGGUCCCAAAGCAAAGAAAAAGAAAAUACUUUAAAUGAGAAAUGCAUUUACAGAAUUUUAAUUUUCAUUUGAUUUUCCAUUGGAUACACUUUUGUUUAUCUCUCUGUUUUGAUUGUUUGUUGAGGCGCGCACCUUAUAAACUAUAUAGAUAUACAUAUAUACUAUAUGGAUCAUUAAACGUACAUAGAUACCAGAUACCAGAUACAUAGAUAUAG